CUCUAUCAAGAGUUAGUAGCACUCUAUCGAGAUUUAGUAAUACUCUAUCGAGAGUUAGUAACACUCGAUGGAAAUUAAUAAGUUAUAGGGCUAUGUCCCUUAUGGGCCACCGUAGCUUUGGAACUUGAAACGACACAGUUUCUAUUGAUAUUGUUACUUUACGAGAGAUUGAUUGUGCUUCCUCCCCCCGGAGAAACAGAGUGAGUCUUUCGUAAUUUUUUUACUAAAACAAUUCCGUUAAGCUUUCAGAAAUUUUUUUUAUUAUUUCUUAUCACUUGGAUAACAAGUAAUCGGUUGCUUCAUUAGUAGAUCAGCGAUACUCUGGAAGGAGAAAUAGUCAACUCAUCAAUUGGCAAUUGUCUGACUAAUUUAACCAGCCUAUUAUUUUUUUAAGAAAUUCGUCUGAUAAGAAUAAAAUAUACAUGUACUUUUAGAUAUAAAUACAGGAAGAUAUGCAGGAAGAUUUGUUUGUGUAUGUGUGACCCUAAAGUCUAAUCAUUCUGCACAACACGUGUUUCUAGGUACACGACUGUUACUCGUCUUGGUGUGUUCGGAGAGAAAUGAGGCUCUUAUGCUAUUAUUUAAAGAUAAAUAAAUGAUUUACUAUCUAUCAUGAAUUAUUUUUGGAUGACGGGGUCUAGGGUUAACAUUAUAAAGAUAUGUCUGGUAGAAUAUCCAAGCAUUUUCUCGCUUAAACAGGUUGAAGGCUUAUCUCAGUGCGGUCAAAAUUGGUUUUCUUCGCUUAUCUCUUAUUUUGAGAUUUUCCACUGGUCAGAUGUUUUUAUAAAAAGGGAUCUGUUUUGAUGUUACUGAAAGAAACUAUAGUAAAUAGAAAAAUCUCGACUUAAUUAUAACUUUAGACAUUUUGUCCAAGUCGAGAAAUAUUAGGGUUGUUUUUUUUUUUAUAGCAGAAGUUACUUUCACUGCAGACUGUAUAGUGAUUAGUGUCAAAGAGUUUGAUUAUCGAGACGACUCGCUGCCUUCUGUGAUUUCAAAUGUCUGUAUCUGCUAGUUUCGCUUCGCAAAGUGGCUUUGACUUGGCCAAUUACACGGCAAUAACCGACUUUACUGGGAGUAUUUCACCAUGGCGGAACCAACAACGCUAUUGCAAGGACAUUUAUCGUGGGCCAAGUAAAAUGGCUUCUUGUACCAAGCACCGAAAACAUGGAAUAACGAGAGUAAACUCAAGACGGCAUCCCUCGCAAAGGAUAACGAUAAAUGUAUCCGGAGAAAGGUUUGAAACAACAGAAAAGACCUUGGCUAAUUUUCCCGAUACCCUUUUGGGAUCAGCCCGACGAAGGAAGUAUUAUUUUGACCCUGAGAAGCAGGAGUACAGGUUUGAGCGCAACAAAGACGCCUUCCAUCUUAUUUUGUUUUAUUACCAGUCAAACGGGCUCUUGGCAGAACCACCAGAAGACUUUAUCCCUGAAGCUGUCUUUGAAGACGAGGUUCGAUUCUUUGAGCUUGGUGUUAUGGCAGAAGAUCAAUUAACUAUGUCUCUUGGAAGACCAGAGCCUCGGUUGGCUGGAAGCGGACGCAAAUGGUUAGAUAAUAUGAGAGAUGUGUUGAAUAAACCUCACAGUAGCAUACAAGGGAGAAUUCUUACAGCUCUUAUAACAGCGUUACUUAUAAUCUACGUUUCUGUAAAAUGCAUCAAAACCAUCCCAGACUACAGAGGAAUACACCUUGAUGGAUUUCCAUGUGAAAAUGGAUCGUUACCUUGUGACCUCUCCGUUGCUCGUCGCUCUGCUCGUUUGGAUCUCGUGUGGUUCUCACUGGAGGUAUUUUGUGUCUCAUGCUUCACAAUGGAGUAUAUUGCAAGAUUUUACUCGGCUCCAAAACGCGGAAGAUACGCUUUUGGAGGACUAGGAAUUAUUGAUUUUCUAACUUUCUCGCCACAUUUAUUACUGAUCGCUAUCGACCAAUCCACGUUAACGCGUCCUGCUGUAUUUCCCCUGAGGAACCUUUUGAAAUUCCUGCCUUUUCUUUCCGUGUUAAAAGUAACGCGUUAUUCGGGUGGGGUUCAGCUGUUCUGGCGAACCCUUCACACUUGCAACAAAGAACUAAUUCUGUUGCUUUUCUGUGUAACGAUUAGUGUGGUUUUCUUUGGGAGUAUUAUUUUUUACUUUGAAGAUGGCAAUGGGGGAUUCAUCAGCAUUCCUGCAACAUUUUGGUACGCCAUCAUCACCAUGACAACUGUAGGGUAUGGCGAUCUCACUGCAGUGACUUUUGGCGGGAAAAUAUUUAGCGUGUGUUGCGCGUUGCUAGGAGUGACGUCACUACUAGCGUUGCCAACCACGGUUGUUACGAAUAAAUUUAGUGCAUAUUACAAUGCAAAACGGGACGCGAAAAGACGCAAGUACACAGGCGACCCACAAGAGGCUCGCUUUGGAAAAUACCCUAAAAGGAGCUCAAGUCGUUGAAAAGCUUUGUGGUUAAAAAAAACCAUAAGAUUCAUAAAGGGGAACCAAAAAU